CGCGAAUCGUCAACUGAUUUGGAUUAUCCACAAGCCGAAUGAUGGCAGCUAAUCUUAAGUAUUUGCUGCUGCUGAUCUGCCUGGUGGUAGCAGUCGCAUCGGAAACCGAUACGGAAACCGAACUAGAGGAUGGACACAAUGGACACAAUCCUUGCCACGAAACGUUAUUGCCGGAUCCGGACAACUGCAAAAAAUACUUUGCGUGCAAUUGUUAUGGCUGCAGUCACCACAGCUGUAAGCCGACCUACAGUUUUGACUGGGUUCUUAUGGAAUGUGUAAAAACGAAGGAAGCUACGUGUUAUGAACCGACCACAACUACGGAGGUGCCUGUUUGUACCGAAACGUUGUCACCGGAUCCAGAUAACUGCAAGAAAUAUUUUGUGUGCGAUUGCCACGGCUGUAGCCACCACAGCUGUAAAGCAACGUACAGUUUCGAUGCCGUGCUUCUGGAAUGUGUGAAGACGACAGAGGCUACAUGUUACGAGCCACCUACAACGACGACGAAGAAACCGCAUCCAACAACAACUACUACUGAAGAAUCUACGACGACGACAACAACUACCAAGAAACCGCAUCCAACGACAACAACAACUACCAAGAAACCGCAUCCAACGACAACAACAACAACAACAACUGAAGAACCUACGACGACAACAGAGGAGCCUACAACAAUAACAACAACCACGAGAAGACCGCGUCCACCGUCAACAACUACGAGGAGACCACGUCCACCAACAACAACUACGAGAAGGCCGCGCCCACCAACAACAACCACGAGAAGACCACGUCCGCCAACAACAACAACAACUGAAGAACCUACGACGACAACAGAGGAGCCUACGACAGUAACAACAACCACGAGAAGACCGCGUCCACCGACAACAACUACGAGGAGACCACGUCCACCAACAACAACUACGAGAAGGCCGCGCCCACCAACAACAACCACGAGAAGACCACGUCCGCCAACAACAACAACAACAACUGAAGAACCUACGACAACAGAGGAGCCUACGACAGUAACAACAACCACGAGAAGACCGCGUCCACCGACAACAACUACGAGGAGACCACGUCCACCAACAACAACUACAAGAAGGCCACGUCCCCCAACAACAACAACAACAACAACGGAAGAACCUACAACGACGACAGAGGAGCCUACGACAGUAACAACAACUACAAGGAGACCACGUCCACCAACAACAACUACGAGGAGACCGCGUCCACCAACAACAACCACGAGAAGACCACGUCCACCAACAACAACAACUGAAGAGCCUAAGACGACAACAACGACGAAGAAACCGCAUCCAUCGACGACAACAACAACAAAAAAACCACAAACAACAACUACAACCGAAGAACCUACAACAAAAGAACCUACACCGGAAGAACCACCAGCAACGACUACGGAGCAAGAACCGCCUACAUACCACCCAUGUGAGGACGGAUUCAGUGGACUGUUGCCUCAUCCGAAGGAUUGCACCAAGUUCUACGUCUGUCUAGCACACAAGGAUCCGCUGCCGAUGAACUGUCUGCCCGGUUAUAUAUUCUACGUACCUUUCGGGGUUUGCCUGCCGGGAGAUGCCGAAACGUGCGAAUUAUAUCAUGUCGAUGAAUAAACGAUUUUUUAUUAUUAA